UCACCGCCAUGUAAGCAGCAAAUGCUCCUCAGGUCAGCUGUCCUUUCUCAUGUUUGUUGUAUUUCAUGGACAAAAAAACCCCAACAAAAAACAGUGCAUGUAUGUAUGUAUGUAAAGCAUCUGCAUUUGUACGUGUAAUUCUGUUUCAAGUAGCGUGUGUCCAGAUCACAGCAGGAGGAUCGUGUUUGCUAACUAUAGCCGACCGAGUUAGUAACUUUUAAAAAAAUAUUAUUAUUUGUUAAAGAGGCAGUAGCUCAUUUGGAACGUGAGCACGGUACUGUACUUCAUUUUGAAGUUCAUCAUGCAAUCGUAACAUUCGAAGUACCACAUAAGUACACGUUAUGAGGGAGCUUUUGAGAAAAGUACACCACGUCUUGGUAAAACUCGCGCUGUUUCCGAGCACUUUGGGCAAAUCGGUGACUCGUCCGGCCGCCUCGGAGGUGCUCACCUGUCACCUUGUGCAGCGAAAGCUUCCACCGUGGACCUCUUUCUGCGUCCGCUACUCUGCCGUCCAUAAUGACCAGUUUGGGCUGUCCAACUUCAACUGGAGCGUUCGGGGAUGCAACUACCACAUACUCCGAACCGGCUGCUUCCCCUUCAUAAAGUACCACUGCACCAAAGCACCUCCACAGAACCUGGACUUCGAGGACAGGUUUUUUACCAUGCUCAAAGUUAUCAAUCUAGGUAUUCCCUGUUUGGCCUACGGAAUCGGUUGUUGGAUGGUUGUGGGUGCUGCAGAAACGGUCCAGACGAGCGUUGGUCCUGUAAAAGUCUAUUUUGCCUACAAGGAAGAAGAAGGUGCUCAAUAUUGAGCCCAAAAAAUGCAAAACGAUAGGUUGUGUGUUAUUUACAUUUACUGUGGAGAAGCUCCAGUGGGCAUAUUGACAGGAGUGUCUUUCUCUGUCUCAAGUGUUCCUUUUCUGUUGAAUUAUUAAAGAUUUCAAGUUGCAA